AUAUAUGAAUCCCGAAUAAUUCCACAAACAAAAUGUAUACAAACAAAUCACGCAAAACGAGAUUCUUCUAUCUACUCAUUUGGACCAAUUUUGAAGCAGACAGAAGUAUCUGCUAAUUCUCGUUGCUUCAUCUCUGCUCAAUUUGAUAAUUUCUCUCGUCGCUUCUCCUACUUUCUCUGCUUGUUCUCCUACUUGGCCGAUCCGCUGGGUAAUGUCCAGCGCCUGAGAAUCAGAAAGACCAUCAAAAGAAAGCAACUUGCCUAGUGGUGGUUAUCUCUGGUAGGUUUUAGGUCAGGAUGGCGGAAGAGUGCUGCGCUACCCAACUGAUUGAUGGCAACGGAGUUUUCAAUGUGGUAGGUCUUGACAACUUCGUUAGGACGUCUAAGCUCGGUGAUUGUGGUCUCUCCUAUGCGGUUGUUGCAAUCAUGGGUCCUCAAAGUAGUGGUAAGAGCACCCUAUUGAAUCAUCUUUUUCAUACCAAUUUCAGAGAGAUGGAUGCAUACAGGGGAAGGAGUCAAACAACCAAGGGAAUUUGGAUUGCGAGAUGUGUUGGCAUUGAGCCUUUCACAAUUGCAAUGGAUUUGGAAGGAACUGAUGGGAGGGAAAGGGGUGAGGAUGACACUGCAUUUGAGAAACAAAGUGCCCUCUUUGCUUUGGCAAUUGCUGACAUUGUUCUCAUAAACAUUAUUGAAACCAUAUACAGGUGGUGCCAUGACAUUGGAAGGGAACAGGCUGCCAACAAACCUCUUCUUAAAACAGUUUUUCAGGUCAUGACGCGUUUGUUCAGCCCUCGUAAAACAACAUUGCUGUUUGUUAUACGUGAUAAAACAAAGACACCACUUGAAUAUCUGGAGCCUAUUCUAAGGGAAGAUGUCCAGAAGAUAUGGGAUGCUGUUGCUAAAUCUGAGGCUCAUAAAAGUACUCCUUUAAGCGACUUUUUUAAUGUUAAGGUCAUUGCUUUGUCUAGCUAUGAAGAAAAGGAGGAGCAGUUUAAAGAAGAGGUUGCGCAACUGAGGCAGCAAUUCUUCCAUUCUAUUUCUCCAGGAGGGCUUGCUGGUGAUAGACGAGGAGUUGUCCCUGCUUCUGGAUUUUCUUUUAGUGCACAGCAGAUUUGGAAAAUCAUAAAAGAGAAUAAGGAUCUGGAUCUUCCUGCUCACAAGGUAAUGGUUGCCACUGUUCGGUGUGAAGAAAUUGCCGCUGAGAAGCUAAGGAAAUUGAGCUCUGAUAAAGAUUGGUUGGAAUUGUUAGAAGCUGUUCAAGCUGGUCCAGCGUCAGGGUUUGGGAAAAAACUCAGCUCUAUUUUGGAAACCUAUCUUUCAGAAUAUGACAUGGAAGCAAUAUAUUUUGAUGAAGGUGUAAGAAAUGCUAAACGGCAACAGUUGGAAACAAAAGCAUUGGAUUUGGUACACCCAACUUAUCUCACCAUGCUGGAACAUCUACAUUCUCAAACGCUUGAAAAUUUUAAGACAAGGUUGGAACAGGCACUGAACUGUGGAGAAGGAUUUGCAGCUUCUGUUCGUAAUUGUGAACGGUCUUGCAUGCUUGAGUUUGACAAAGGAUGUGCAGAUGCUUCCAUAAGACAGGUCGAAUGGGAUGCUUCAAAAGUGAGGGAGAAGCUUCGUCAUGAUAUCGAGGCACAUGCCUCAUCUGUACGCAAUUUGAAGUUGUCAGUAAUGAUAAACAAGUAUGAGAAACAACUCACUGAUGCACUAACAGAACCUGUAGAAUCUCUGUUUGAAGCUGGUGGAAAAGACACGUGGGCUUCAAUAAGAAAACUUCUUGAACAUGAGAUGGAGCUUGCUGUAUCAGGAUUGACAGCCGAUUUUGUCAGUUUUGAGUUGGAUAAGGCUACAAUUGACAAAGUUGUACAAAAUAUGAGGGAGUAUGCAAGAAACAUAGUUGAGAAAAAAGCAAGAGAAGAAGCAGGGAAAGUUCUGAUCCGCAUGAAGGAUAGGUUCUCUGCAGUUUUCAAUCAUGACAAUGAUUCAAUGCCGAGGGUUUGGACUGGAAAAGAAGAUAUAAGGGCAAUCACAAAGGAAGCACGUGCUGCUUCUUUGAAACUUCUAUCGGUAAUGGCAGUCAUACGCUUGGAUGAGAAGCCAGACAAAAUUGAGAGUGCACUUUUUUCCUCUCUAGUGGAUGGGACCGUCGCUGUUUCAUCUUGUCAAGAUAGAAGCGUAGGACCUACUUCAGAUCUCCUUGCAUCAAGCACAUGGCAAGAGGUUUCUCCAAAAGAUACACUAAUUACACCAGUUCAGUGCAAGUCAUUAUGGAGGCAGUUCAAAACAGAAACCGAGUAUGCAGUUACCCAAGCAAUUUCCAUUCAGGAGGCUCAUCAUAAACGCAAUAACAACUGGUUACCCCCUACAUGGGCAAUUGUAGCAAUGAUUGUCCUAGGCUUCAAUGAAUUCAUGCUUCUGUUAAAGAAUCCGCUUUAUCUCGUGAUUCUGUUUGUCGUAUAUUUACUUUCAAAAGCGUUGUGGGUACAAAUGGACAUCACCAGAGAGUUCCGAAAUGGCACUUUGGCAGGGAUACUUUCCAUUUCUUCAAGGUUCCUUCCCACCAUCAUGAAUCUUCUAAGACGACUUGCUGAAGAGGCUCAAGGGCAUCCAGCUUCUGAAGCUCCAAGAACACAUUCACUGGAUUCUCAGAGUUUCAAGAAUGAAAACUGGCCAAAUCCAAUAUCGAGCAUGAUACCCGAGUCCUCUGUCUCUUCAAAUGUUUCAGCAUCUGAUGAUGGUAUUGAAUACUCAAGUCCACACUUGACACGCAGGAGAAGUGAAAAAGUUCCAGAGGGAAAAUUUUCUGGAUAGGAACAGAAUUGUGCAAAAUGUGUAUUUGAGGUUAGGGGAUUCCUUUAUAGGAAAUUUACUGGGAAGUCUACUUUUUUUUACAGAUUUAUGUAAUAAACAAGUUUCAGUCUCAUUGUGCCUGACAGAAUGUUUCAGAAUGUUUGCACAAGGGUUGCUGCAACUUUUUUGCAUUUACAUCUAAAAUGGGUAUUUACUGUUUGUUUGGACACA